CAUUUUAAAUUAUUCCAUCUUAUUUUUACACACACUCACACACACACAAAACACACGUCGCAACACGCGCUCCGAUUCGUGCAAUGGCGGAAGAAGGAUCAUCGCGCGGCGGCCUGAAGCGCUCCUUCGUCGAAGACGAUGAAUCAAGCAAACCUCCUGCGGAGAAGAGGGUGAGGUUUCCUAAAGGGAAGAAGGUGAAGCAGGGGGAUCAUGUUGCAGGUGCUGCACCGGGAGACGAUGCUCCAGUUGCGAAGGAUCCUAGCGUUGCUGCCAGAAAUCGUGCCGUGAGAAGGAGUAAGUUUCAGAAAGUGCUUAGUGAAGAGUAUGCUGAUGCUGAAACCUUUGGUUUUGCAACUGAUGUGAGGAAAGCAGAAUUCAAGUACCAGGACACUGAGGAAUUUAUUGAUGAAGGCGUCCCAUUAGAACCUUUUAAUCUCGAACAAGAGAGAGAAGAGGGCUACUUUGAUGAUAAUGGAAAUUACGUUGAAUACAUGAAUAAGCAAAUUAAGGAUGCCUGGCUUGAUGGUGUGGAUUUGUGUGAAAAGUAUGUUGAAAAGAGCUCUACGCCCAUGAAUAAUGAUGAGAAACCUCAUGACCUAUCAACCGAAGAGCUUGCAGUAAUUAAUCGGCGGAUUGCAGAUGCUCUUGAACCUGGAGAAACAGUUUUGCGUGCUUUGAGGAGAUUAAAGGGUUCAACUGAUAAGAGGCAAAAGAUGUCUGCAGAAACCAAAAAUCUGUUUGACCAGCUAACUGAAGAUGCCAUGAAACUGAUGGAGAAUGGCGAUUAUAAUGUCUAUGAUGAAAAGCAGGAACAUUUUGAGCGUGAAGCAGAGGGUUAUGAGAAAUUAGUCAAUGCUAGAAAGCAUGGUCUCCCAGAAGGUCUGGGCAAAGAGACAUCUGAAGACAUGUUUGAUAUGUUUGGAGACGAUGAAGGGAAGGCUGCGGAUACUCCCGCCACUACUGGGAAUGGGUCGUUUUCAUCCCAGGCCGUUGAGGGUGGAGAGAUGCAAAAUGACUAUGUAUAUGAUGAUUCUACUGGAUAUUACUACAACAGCAAUUUGGGCUACUAUUAUGAUCCAUCCACGGGAUUGUAUGGCUGUGCAGCAACUGGGAAAUGGUAUUCUUAUAACGAAGAAUCAGGGGCGUACGAUGAAAUUCAACAGGAUGUGGAUGCGAAUGCUGCCGGGAUGAGUUGAAGAGACGGAUUGGAUAAUGCACAAUAUGGAGGAUUUAGUGAUGUUAAUUUACAAUCUGAUCCUGUGUUAUAUAAUUUGUGAGCUCUUGGAUUUAGUGAUUAUUAACUUACAAUCUGACAACUCUUUUAUGUGAAUGGGGGAUAAAGUAGUUUGAA